UAGACGGUGGAUGAGUUCUCCGAUUUUAAAAAAGGUCUUGCGUGAUUCUGUUUGUUUACUUUCUCCAUUAUAAUCAGAUAUCAUUUAAAAUUACUAGCUGACGUUAUUAUAGGGAAGAGCUAACAAAGAUUUGUAGGUUAAACCGUUCAAAAAGCAUACAGUUAUACUGUUAUUUUAAGUAAUUCUUCAUGUUUUGAAUCUGUGUGCAUUGAUAGAUACAAGCUUACUGCUUGCCGUGUAAAUAUGGAAAAGUCUUUAACUGUUUAAAGGUGUGUGGAAUUUCAUUAGCUGAUGUAUGUCUGUUUUUGUGCAUUGUAAGAAUGAUAACUGAAGACGCGGGAGACGAUUUAAGUCAUGCCACUGGUAUAUCAUUAACUCCUGAAGAGUUGGAGAUCUUGGCUGAAAUUGACAGUUCUCUUUAUGGAUUUCUGAAAUUAAAUGUACCUGAAAAUGCUAAGAAAAAAGCUCUUAUAUUGAAGGAAAGGACAACUUUCAUCUUGGCAGAGGCAUGUCAUGUAUAUGCUCGAUUUAAAGAAGCUCCCAACCUAGUCCUGCGGGAGAGUUUGGCAAGCCCAGCCACCCCGAUCAGAGAAGAAAGGGGUAUCUGGCAACCAAGGGGGGGAAGAAGUGUGGACGGGAGAGUGCGGCAUGCAUGUUGUGAUGAGGCUGUUAAAUGUCUUGAACGAGUCUUAAUUAAUCAUCACCAGAAUAAGGAAAAUGACUUAUCUUCAUCAAAUAAGAAACAGAUUGAGAAAAUAUCUGAAAAGAUGUCUGCAAUUCGAACAUCAGAUCCACUUCCUGAUAAUGAAAACAGUUGGUCUAGUCAGUCUGUUUUAAAGUCAGUGAAGAGCACAGAGGAACAGUCCAAUGUUGAAAUACAUAUAAAAAUUUACUCUAAACUUGGACAUUUUAAUUUAUUAUUAGAGGAUUAUCCCAAAGCUCUUUCUGCAUAUCAAAAGUUUUAUUGUUUGAACGAUGAUCAUUGGAAGAAUUCUGCAUUCAUGUAUGGCUUAGGAUUGGUGUACUUUCAUUACAAUGCUUAUCACUGGGCAAUCAAAACAUUUCGUGAAGUAUUAUAUCUUGAUCCUGGAUUUUGUAGAUCCAAUGAAAUUCAUCUGAGGUUAGGUUUGAUGUUCAAAGUUCUGCAAGACUAUGAUUCAGCCUAUAAGCAUUUUUCGUUGGUGCUCGUAGAUUCCAGUCCAUGUUCUUUAACAAAAGCAGAAAUAUACUUCCACAUCGCACAUCUGUUUGAAAUUCAGGGUAAACAUAAAACAGCUAAAGAAGCAUAUGAACAACUUUUGGAGCAGAAAGAUUUGCCUCAAGUGAUUCGAGCUGAAGCUUCUAAACAGCUAGGGUGGAUGCAUCAUACAGUAGAGGCUCUUGGUGACAAACCACAGAGACAAGCUCUUUCUCUGCAUUAUCUGCAAAAAUCUAUUGAAGCAGAUCCAGCCAAUGGCCAGAGUUUAUAUUUUUUAGGGCGUUGUUAUGCUAGUGUUGGGAAAGUACAUGAUGCAUUUGUUUCAUAUCGAAGCUCAGUUGAUAAGGCGGAAGCCAAUGCGGACACCUGGUGUUCUAUAGGCGUAUUGUAUCAGCAGCAAAACCAGCCGAUGGAUGCUUUGCAAGCUUAUAUUUGUGCUGUGCAGCUUGAUAAAAGCCAUACACCAGCUUGGUCAAAUUUGGGUAUUUUAUAUGAAAAUUGCAAUCAGCCUCAAGAUGCUUUGAAGUGUUACUUAAAUGCAAGUAAUGGGAAAGGCCCGGCAAAUCCAAAUCUGUCUUCCCGAGUAAGAAUUUUACAGAAUCAGCUUUCUUCUGCACCAACAAAUAACGCUCAAAGGCCUAAGCCACUGCCAUGUAUUGAAGAUGCUUGGAAUUUUCCAAUAUCACAAGAAAUGGCAUCGAGGCAGAAUGCUGCACAGGGGCAAAUUAAUCGAGUUAAUGCUUCAGCACAUAAUCAAAGGCAGUCAUACAGUGGAUCUCAACAAUCUGUGUGCACAGGGCAGGGAUCUCAAAACCAAGUUGUGCAGUGCCAGCAAGGGCAAAUAAGGCCAACUGUAUUGAAUACUUCAAGUCAGGAGCCUGCAAAUAAGCGACUAAAACUAUCACAUGGUGUGCCUCAGACAAACCAAGUAGCAAAUCCAGAUAGUAAUGCACGACCUUCAUAUUAUUUAACUCAACAGCAGUUGCAGCUUCUUAGUUACCUUCAACAAAAUCAGAACAAUUUAUCACCACAACAGAGAAUUCUUUUUCAGCAGUUGCAACAGCAAUAUCAACAUAUGCAACAACAUCAACAGCAACAGAAGCUUUUAAUGCAAAGUCAAUUACCUGCUGGUCAGACAUCUGUUCCAUUAUCUACUACUAGUGCUCAGGUUUUAAGUACAACCACCAUCACAACAUCUGUUACUCGUAGUGGUCCAACUAUUAGUGGUUAUAUGUCUCCUGAUUCUACUGCAACGCAUGUUCGCCCCUCUCAGUCUCCUGUGUCAGAAGGAAUGGUAUUAAGUAGCUGUAGCACUCCAGUUAGUCAAUCAAAUCCGGCCAAUCUUCAAGUACGAACUGCAAGUAAUAUGCCAGCUUCUCAAUCCUGCCAGGUUACCACUACAACAGGUAGCCCAAUCCUGUCAAAGCCUUCACAAUGCUCCAGUGCUCAGAUGCGUCAUCCUACUGCAUCAAGAUCUGUAGGAGCAUCUCAGGUGUCAAGUACAUCACAGCCUACUGUAGUUUUGCAUGAUUUGUGCACCGCUAUAAGCGACAAGGAUCUGCAGAUUUUGUUGUCUCAGAAGGAUAUUGCUUCAUCACUGGCUGAAGAUCUUUUGGUUCAAUUUUCUGGAGAAUCUCAGUCCAAAGGCACUAAUCAGAGUAAAACAGGAGUGUAUACACAGGACAUCAAUAUCCAUGAUGUGAAAGAUGCUAAUUUGUCUGAUAAUGAUGCCUUAAAAUUUUCAUCUGCCUUUCAGUCAUCAUUACCCAAAAAAUCAGCACUCUUACAUGACUUUAAAUCAGAAUCUGUAAAAGAGAAAAAUGAACCAGAGGAAUCAAAAGGAGAAAUUUUAUCUCCCAAAGGGAAAAAUGAACGUUCUGUAUUAUAUCCUGCUUCAUUAUCAAUUAAUAUGAGUUCAUCUCAACUCUUAGCAGCAUGUAAAGGGCUCACAAAAAAUGGUGUAUCAAAUACAAGUAUAAUGGCUGAGCUUUGUCCUCCUCCAUCUCCACCAGAUCCGCCUUAUCCACCUCCAUCUAAAGACCAGUUGUUGCCUCCAACACCCAGUGUAUUUCUGGAAAACAAAAAAGAAGCCUUUUCUCCACAACUGCAAGAGUUUUGUUUAGCUCAUCCCAUAGCUGUGAUACGUGGAUUAACAAGUGUUCUAAAACUUGAUCUUGGCUUGUUUUCAACGAAGACAUUAGUUGAAGCAAAUCCAGAUCACACAAUUGAAGUUAGAACUCAACUAAUGCAAUCAUCAGAUGAAAACUGGGACACUGAGAGAAGGCGGCAGGUAUGGCGUUGUGAAAGUCAUAGGUCUCAUACCUCGAUAGCUCGUUAUGCACAGUAUCAAGCAUCAUCUUUUCAAGAGUCUCUUAGAGAAGAACAGGAAAAGGCUCAAGGAGGACAUACUACCCGUGAAUCAGAUAGUGAUUCCAAUUCUUCUGUGUCAAGAAGUAAAAAAGGCAGAAGAAAUGGUGCUUUCAAAACAAUUAAGUUUGGGACAAAUGUUGAUUUGUCAGAUGAAAGGAAGUGGAGACCCCAACUUCAAGAACUGACAAAGUUGCCAACUUUUGUGAGGGUGGUAUCAGCUGGUAACAUGUUAAGUCAUGUUGGACAUGUUAUUCUGGGUAUGAACACUGUGCAACUGUAUAUGAAAGUUCCUGGAAGCAGGACACCUGGCCAUCAAGAAAAUAACAACUUCUGUUCUGUGAAUAUUAAUAUUGGACCUGGGGAUUGUGAGUGGUUUGGAGUACCUGAACCAUAUUGGGGUGUAAUUCAUAACAUGUGUGAGAGGAAUAGCUUAAACUUUCUGCAUGGAUCGUGGUGGCCCAUUUUAGAUGAUUUAUUUGCAGAAAAUGUUCCUGUAUAUCGUUUUUUACAGAGACCAGGUGAUCUGGUAUGGGUUAAUGCUGGUACAGUUCAUUGGGUUCAAGCUGUGGGAUGGUGUAACAAUAUAGCCUGGAAUGUAGGUCCAUUGACUGCUAAACAGUACCAAUUAGCAGUUGAGAGGUACGAAUGGAAUAAACUUCAGAGUUAUAAAUCAAUUGUUCCUAUGGCUCAUCUAACAUGGAAUCUGGCUCGAAAUUUAAAGCUUUCUGACCGCAAACUCUUUGAACAGAUCAAGUACUGUCUCUUACGAACUCUUCGGCAGUGCCAAAUGACAUUAGACUUCUUAAAGGAAUUAAAGAAAGAUGUCAAAUGGCAUGGAAGAGGGAAAAAUGAAGCAGCGCAUUACUGUACUAAUUGUGAGGUGGAAGUGUUCAAUAUAUUGUUUGUGAAAGAGAUAGACAAAAAACAUCUUGUGCAUUGCUUAGAUUGUGCAAGGAAAAGCAGUCCUGUUCUUGAAGAUUUUGUUAUGCUUGAAGAGUACACCAUGGAAGAUCUUAUGGAAGUUUAUGAUAAUUUUAUUCUUCAUCCUGUUCCCCAUUCAAGUACUUCAAUGUAAGGUGCCAUUCCAAAUGUGAAACUGACAUCAGAUAUCAUAAAUAUGCAUAGCUGCCAUUUUAAUAAGCAUAGCUGCCAUCAUACAAUCAUUUUUUUGUAUUAUUGUUGCUUAUUACAAAAUGUUCACCAAUGCUGCCCUUUGUUACUUGAUCUGUUAAAAAAAAAAAAAGAAAAGAUAUUGCACAGUUGCCAUGAGCAUUUAACGUUUGUACAGUUUCUGAAUAUGUAAAUUGCACUAAAAGUAAAGAACACCGUUACAUUAGCUUGCUUAAAAUUCAAUGAACAUAUUGUACAGCUGGGUAAAGUACUGUAGAUAAGUUGAUAUAAUGUAUUGAGAGAAGUUAAUAUGUAAAUACGUUACUUGUGUUGUCCUUGUUGAUUGCUGAAGCUAUGUGCAUAAUAUGAGAAUGUAUAGAACUUUUUACUAAUACACAAUUAAUCACUCGCAUUCGGUCUCAUGUUUUAACCAUUUAUUUAUUCAUUGUUAUUGAGACUGAAGUUAAUUUGAGGUAAAGAAAGCUUUUGUAAGCCAGUAAUAAGAAAGGAAAGUAGGUGUAAAGUUUGCAAAUAUGUUUUUCUUAAGUUCUGAAAGAAUGUUUUUCGAAAGCUUGCUGCAGUUAUGCUAUGGUUUGCGAUAGCUUGUCAGCAUUGGUUGUAAAAUUCAGUUUGACCUAAUGUCUUCAGUUUUAUUUUUUUAAAAUACUGAUCAUGUGUAUAAAAAAUAAUACAAUAAAAAUAUGAAGAAUCACCAUUCGAUAUUUAUGUUUGAAAAUUUAAAACUAUUUAAAAUACUAUAUUGUUCACCAAUUAAAUAUUCAAUUGGCAAAUACACAAUGCUAAUAUUCUAAAUUAAAAUAUAUGGAUUUAUUGUUUUUCAUGCACAGUUGUCAGGAGUAUUGGUAACAGAUGUUGAAUCAGUUUUUUAUGCAUAUUGGAGUGUUACUGAUUAAACGUAGACACAUUUUAUCAUUUGUAUUUUGCAAUGCUUUCAUCUUUAAUUUCUUUCGGAGAAUAGCAUCUGCCAACAAUUUUAUAUUAUUCUAAUUAUGUGUAUACUUCUAGUAGGAUUUCAAAUUCUUUGCACAUAUUUUUAUUCAUUAUUAUAAAAUUAAAUAUAUGUUUGCACAGUAUGGAUUGAUACAAAUUAUGUAUGGUUAGUUUUUUUAAGACAAUUAAGAAUUUUAAAGCUACUGCAGUUGAAAAUUGAUUUUUUUUUGUAUCAUUGCUGUUAAAUUAAUAUUUUAUACUAUUUGUUGUUCUAUAUUGCUUCCUAUUUUCUCAGUUUAAUAAUAAUAAUUAUUUGCAAUAUUUUGCAUUGGUUAUUUUGCACUAAUGUUAUGCUAAUUCUCAGAAAAUUUUUGGUCUAUUUGUUUAUGAAAUAUAUUUCAGCUAGUAUAUGCUUCAGACAUCUGCAAUUAGUAGGUGAUAUGACCUUAGUACUGUCAUAACAUGACGUUUCCUUUUGGGGGGGUGUCUGCCCUCUUUUCUUUCAACAAGUGAUGUUUAGGUAAAAAUUAAUCGAAAUCUGUUAAUGGAGUUUGUAACAAUGUUUACUUUUUCAAAAUAUACCAUAUUACUUGCUUUAUUAGGUGCUCUACAUUUUUAUUUAAAUAUGUAAGAUUUGAAAUAUACUAUAUUUUUCAUGAUGAAUGGGGAAAUUAAUCAUGAGUUUCUUGUACUAGCUUUCCCCCCCAAAAAAAAUGCAUGUGUUCUUGUAAUUUAUUCUUUAAUUGUAUAAGAAAAGUGAAGAACAUAAUGUUAGUCCAGUGUUGAUCUAAAUUUGUAUUACUCGUAAAGUGCAGAUGUUUUCUUGUGGGAUAAAAAGUAACUAAGGUUUUGCCUCUAACCUUCCGAACAAGUGUAUCAUAUAUGCAUCAGUAUUUAAUCCUGUUAUAUGAUGGAAUGCCGCAACCCACCUUGGAGAUGGAGUUUUAGUCAUAGAGAACAUUGGCAUUUUGGUCUUCAACAAAGCGAUAUGUAUUAGACCAAAGAAUAAUUUCUUGGAUCCCCAAUAUCUACACCACUCAUAUUUUUAUUAUAGUCUAUAUCUGCAUUUUAGAAUGUUCUCUCCUCCCCUUCCCCCCAGGGUAGACUCAGGAUCUGUACCUAGGCAAUCUCAACCACGGGGGUAUAACAACAGACUUCACAGAAGGCCUGAGGGCUUUUGGGACAGAGUAAGGCUCGGCAGGGACCGUACGGGUACUGCCUUGUCUGCCCUUGCUCUGUGGGGUCGCAACAUUGUAGAUUGUAAGAGCGUAGGGGUGGCACUUAGCCUCAGGUCGGAAGCUGCCCUAUCCGCAAGAGUUGUCCUGUAUCACCCAUUCUCGACCAUGUAUAACAGUUAGUAGUAAAACAUUUUAUUUUUUUAAAGCAGUCACAUUUAUGUUUUCUCUCUGAAUUGUAUCGAGCUCUUCUUUUUAAACUUAGUUUAUGGAAAUCUUUCAGCAUUCUUUUUCUUGUUGUACAAACAGUUCCACACAUAAUUUUUUGGACUGAAUUUAAAUAUUCAGCAAGGGAUGGAGAGUUAAAGUGAUCUAAAUUGUAUCCCUUGCCAGGUAAAUCUGUCAUUAGAGUUUUCACUAUUCGUUCACCAUAGCCAUUAAAUCUGUGUCUUUGCUGCAGUAAACAAAAAAAAUUUCAGACAUAUCCGGAACUUGAUUCACAAAGUUUUUAUAAUUUGAUCCAUAACUCAACCUUUUAGAAGUGAAAUACUGGUGGAAUUCAAGACAUUCUUUACAUGCUAAAAGAGACUUGUCAAUGCAUGUGUUCUGUUCAGGUGUAUAAAUUGUUUUAAAUUUGUUCUGCAAGUUUUCGGUCAGAGAUUCCAAUUUAGCUGUUUUCUAUUUUAUGCAGAAACCAUAAUAUAUUCAGAAAAUUGUUCAAAGAGAUCACUCUAUUGAAAGAUGGUGGUGUUAGCAUUUCAUUAGUUGUGAAAUACAUUUUGAGGUCGGGGCUUAUAAUUAUUCCAAUUAAAAUAAUUUAUCCUAGGAACCUCCUCAUUUUAGACACAUCUAUAAACUACUUUGUAAAGAGUAAACUUAACUGAUUUUUGAGAAGUUGGAUUUUCACUCAUCUUUUGGUCAGAGAAAUUAUUAGUUUCUUCAACUAUUAUAUUCAUUAGAUCAUCAUUGAAAAAAAUAGUGAACAAAUCAAUUUCAUUCAUGUAAUUUUGGAUUAAAUUUACUCCUGCAAUUCCAUCAAAUUCAUGUGGCUUCAAUUCCUUAACAGAUUCAGUCUGGUGAAGUGUCCACUGCAGUUCUCUAUUGUGAGAUGAAAGCAAAACAAGCUUCCAGUUCAGUCUCUGACAAAAUUUCGGUAUCCAAAUUGCUACUCUCACUUAAAUCUAGAGAGUCUUCACUGUCAGAAUAGUGAAAAUAAUUCUAUUAAAAACUUUUCUCUUAGACAUCACAAUCUUAGUUUAAUCCUUUUAACUGAUGCAAAAACUUAGAUCUGCUAUCUAAAGAGGAUGCAAGCUGAAUACAAGUAGUAAUUCCUAAAAUUGCAGCUGCUUUCCCAGUCUUCCCAUAGGUAAAAAACGAAGGACAAAUUUGAAGCAUCUGAAACUGUUCAAUGUUGUAUCACAUGGAAACCACAGCUGCCCAUCAGCUGUGUUUUGUUUACUUUAUAUGUCUUGCUGUUAUAUAUAAAAGAAUCGCUAGAAUUAAAAAGUACUUUGUGGACAAAAGUCCACUAUGUAUAGGUUCAAAUAAACUAACUGCAGUGGAUACAAAGCGCAGUCUAGUGAUUUAAAAAAAUUGUAAAGGAACAUGUAUAUUUGAAAGUGCAUAUAUGAUACACCCGUCUGGUAAAUCAGUGCAAGCAGAAAUACCCCAGUGAAUCAUCUGGCUGCUACUGACAUUGUUGACUGAUACAUAUAUGACACGCAGUCUUCAAAGGAUUUUCAGUUCUACAUUAUGCCAUCCUGAAUGGGUUAAAUUUGUGACAUUAUAGAUGAUAAAUCUUGGAUGUCAGCGUCAUGAAAUUAGGUGCAUUUUGUUUUGUCAUUACAUUAAUUUUGCCUAAUUGUGGCCAAAUCACACCACCAGGCUAUUGAUAGUAGCAAAUCUUAAUAACAAGUGUACAAAAAUAUAUUAAAUUCAAAAUUAAGCCAAAUUUGGCAUAAGAUUAGGCUUUACUGUAGUGAAGCACCCUUUGUAUUUUUGGACAACAUAACACAGAUCUCUAAAGAACAAUGCAGAAUUUUUGUGCUAUGUGUAGAAGCGUGCAUCAGACUUGCUCAAAAUAUAGCAAGGAAAGUGCUAAAAUUAACAUAUAGCUAAAGUUAAAUUUGCCUGUUUUAAAAAUCCUCUGACUUUUUAAAAAAGGGUUUUGUAGGAUAGCUAACAGUUUGCAGUCGAAGUAAAUGUAAUUGAUUGCCUUCAAUUCAGGUACAGUAAAAGCUCAGCUAUCCAGAAAACUCUGAAAAUCUCAAAUUCCAGAUGAUUCGGCAUGUAAAAAAUACAAUUCUCAGUGGGAAAAUCAAAUAAAUGGAAAGAAAAAUUCUGGUCCGAAAUUAUAAAAGGAGUCAUUUUAUUUGUUAUCAACUUGAAACAUAAGCACCUGUUUUUAAAUUAUGUGAAAUUGUCAGAGUAAAAAAGGGCAUUCAAGACGUAAAUAACAAAGUGAAACAUAUUUGAUCAUAAAAUUCUGUCAACAAUGAAAAUUGGAGAUGAUCUCACCAAACUUGCCUCGGGCAGAAAUUUGAAGGAACAAACUGCUGUUAUUUAGUUAAUUAGUAUAUACAAGUUGCAGACAUAACAUAUAAAAACUUAAAUUGCUUGUAAUAUUUUUUAUGUUGCUUAGCCAUUAUUUAUCCAUUUUCUGUUGCACUUAUCUUGAUUCAGCAUCCUUAAAAUUUGCAAGUACUCUACUGCAUGCUGUUCAAGACAAGUCCUAAAUUUUUAUCUUUUUUUCCUCUAGAAUGCAAUUAAAAGAUGAACGGAAGUUAACUAACUUUCUCUUUGCAAAAAUUAAACCAAUGUAUUUGGAUUUACAUUACAGGCCAAAGCAGUAUGUCAUGCUUAUCCAUUAUUAGCUCUAAAUUGCACUGUUUGACAACAGUUUUUGUUUGAUUCAAAUCAUAGUCCUUUUUGUGCUGUAGCAAAGUUACAAGUCUAAUAUUUAUUUAAUUUUGCAUUAAAGCAUCCCCUCCAUUUCAAAAUAUUGCGGUUACUAAAGCUUUCCGGUUAAUUCAAUUAUAGAUAGUCAGGCUUUUACUGUACUUAAUAUGUAUUAUUAUAAAUCUAUAUUUUUAAAGAUGUGUGAGCAACUCACAAGAGCAUUUGUAUUUUAUGCUGCUAAAACAUGUCUUAUAUAUUCUUUGUAUAAGAAAAUAGCAGUUGUUUGAAGCUUAAAUUUCAUAUUUAUAUUUUAUCAUACAAUAGAUAGUACCCACCCCAUAAGUGUUUAAAGAAUUCACUCCUUGAAUAUAGUGUCAAACUAAUUUUUAAUAAAGUUAUUUAAAAAAGCACUAUGCAAGUUGUCCUUUGAUAUUAAGUGCUGUGUAUAAAGUUUGACUUAAUAUUAAACAGUUUAGAAAUUUCCUAAAUUCUGUUUACAAAAUAGGUUUUAUAUUUAGUUUAGGUAUAUAUCAGAGUGUUAUUCUGAUUUUUCAGUGUUUAUCAUUUCUGUAAUUCAUAAUUAUAUGGGUAUUUUUAUUAAAGUGCUAUUAAAGGCAGGAAAGUCUUGUAUACAAAUUCAUAACAUAUAUUGAAUUUUCCUUGAGUCUUACUCCCAUGAAAUGAAAAAUCUCUGAAUGUCUGUCCUUGCAAAAUUUAUUGAGAUUUUAGUCACUUGUGAUGCCAUUCUGUACUUUUUGUUUGCUCGUAUAUAGAGAAAUCGUUGCAUAUAGUAUUUUGAUAAAUAAAGCAGGGCUGUAAUAAAUAGUUUACAAAGAGCAUGCACAUGGUGAAGGAAUUUUUGAAAUCACUUUUUUUAAAAAAAUUUGUAAAUGGAAUUUAUCUCUGCUAUUUUUUCCCUGCAUUUUUAAGACCAAAAAAAUAUGUUUUUAAUGCUAUUGCAUGUAGAAUAUAAUAUAAAAGUGUGUUAAAAUAACAUUGCAAAUAAGUCAUUAGUAGUCUGUCUUCAGAAUCCGUGAAAUUUAAUGCUUACAAUUCAAUCCAAGCAUAGAUGAAGUAUUUAACUAUUUUAAAAGGAGGGUGAAGACACUAAGCAUGUUUGGAAAUUUUUUAAUUGGUUUUUUAAAAUAGUUUAUGUAUGGUUUCAGUUCAAGAUGGCUGUAAUUGUUAUGAUCUCCUUUUUUAGUAUCGUAAUUUAGGAGUAAAAUCUGUAAUGGAGGGAAAUAAGCAUGUAGAAUUAAAGUUAAUAUUCUGCCAUAAUUAAUUUAUUUGUUAGCAUGUACUUUUUUUUUUUUUUUUUUUUAAAGGAUUCUGUUAUGUAAUGAAUAUCCAGUAUUCUAAUGUGUGUCUUAUAAUAUGGUUGUUUUCCUAAUUUUAUUCAUUAUUUUCGUGUAUUUUUUAACAUUUUAAUUUCACUUGGCAUGGUUUACAAAGAAGUUAAUAUAUUUGCUGUAUACAAAUAGAGAAUAUUUGUUAAAUUCAAAUUUCAUUCCUUGCAGCAGUGGUGCAAGAGAAUUAUUUAAAUUAAAUUAAACUUUUCUAUUUUCUUGUGUAACAAAUAUAUCAUAUAUAGAGUGAUUUGUUUUAGAUGCAUGCUGAUGAGAAAAUAUAUAUUAGUUCAAUUAAUGAAAUUUAAUUUUUGUGUGUGUGUGCGUGUGUGGCGAUACUGAGGCCUUUUUCAGAAAUGAACUGUUACGUUUGGCUUACCUCAUAUAUGCAUUAAAUACCAUGAGGUGGUUUGUUUUAGAGUUUAGGGAAUCUGAAAUUGUUUUAAAGAGAUUGUACUGAAAUAUUCUUUUAUGUGAGAAAAAUGGCUGUCGAAAAUCAAAACUUCUAUUUAAACAUCCUGCUUUGUAAUUCUUUCUCUUUGUGUAGAAAUUCGUAGUGCUUUCUUUCAGUUAAAUAUCUCCUACUUUCUGUAGUAGUUCACAAAGGUAAACAAUCUUAUUUGCUUUUUUAUGUUGAUGUAUAGUUAUAUCUUGUGUUUACUGACUACAUGUAUAUUGCUGAAGUGUAGGGAAAAAAAAAGAGAAAAUAUUUAAAACAGAAUUUGAAAAUUGUUGCUGUAGAUAUCGUUAAUUAUUGGCUAGGUCAAAUAUAUUUGGUUUUUACUGCAAUAUAAGAUGUGCUUUAUAUGUUUAAUUUAGUGUCUUGCAAAAAGAUUGAUUCGGUUUGAUCCUAUGAUAUCACAUGUAGUGCAAGGUGUAAAGAUUUGAGAAAUGAACUAUCAUAAUCAUAUUAUACCAGCAUUUUUUCAAAGCACCAAAUUUAGAGGUGUGUUUUUGUGGACAGAUUCUAGUCCACCAAUGAUAUACUGCCAUCUAAUCUUGACACCAUGUCUGUGUUCAUUGCUAACUAACACUGCCAAGAAACCAAACAUGUGAUAACUACUACUACCGCAACUGGAAACACACUGUAAUAUUUCUAUGUCAGCUGCCUUCACUUCACAUGAACAAAACCAAGAUUUUCUUUAUUUUCAUGUGCCAAGAGAAAAUACAAUGGUAAUUUUAUCUAUGUCUGCUUCUGAAUUUCAUUUAUAAUAUGUACCCGUUAUAUAAAAUUCAUAUUUGUAAAAUUUUAUGGAUUCUACUUUUAGUUUCUCUAACUCAGGAACAUUUCUUUUGUAAAUUGCAUUUUGAAUACCUCAUAUCACAUUAGGAAAAGUGAUUCAUUGUUUCUUAAUUGUUUAUAUAGGUGUGUACAUUUUUUUAAACUUUGUUUUGAAAUGUUUUGUGUUAAAAGUAUGAUAAUUCAUACUGAUUAUAAAUCAGAAAGGCUUGUUUAGUUACCUUUGUUUUUCUGUUCAUUCUAUUUAUACUGUCCUGUUUGUAUUUAAGAAAUUGUGUCAAUCAGAAUAAAAUUUUGUUUUAGGAAA